AUGGGUGCCUACUCGUAUAUGCGCCAUCAGCUUGUACCAGAAGAUACUUUCAAUAAAAGUGUUUUACUUUCAGGGCUAGUGUUCGGUGUUGUGCUUGACUCACUCGGACUUUCAGGAAGAACGUCAAACUCUACAAGUCUUUGCCUCUUUUCAGCGGCCUCUUUUAUAUUGCGAGGGGCACAAAAUUCUAUGGGAUGGCCUGAAAACAUCAGAAAAGAAGCAACUGAUAACGAUGCGUUCAUUAGAUCUUGGAUACCCCCGCACCAAAAUCGCUUUCGUGGUGAUCACGUCAUCUGUAACCCAAGCAUUCAACUGUUCUGCGUUUUAAGUAACCCGGUGAAUUUCGAUCAACUUUGCGUCUGGCAGAUGAUACAUUUUUCUUCAAUACUUGCGAAUUCUUUGCGUCAUAUUCUCAGCUUAUUCACCAGUGGAUGCUUAGGAAAAAAUGAGAGACGUCAUUGUCAGUUUAUAUAUUGUCGAAAUGUUGACAAAGGAGUACAAAUCACAGACAAUUUAAAGCUACCUAAUCCCUUAAAUUCAUUUUUUGCACACAUAGUAGAUUUUCAUUCAUGA